AUGUUGACCAUCCGACAUCCCGCAGACCCAACCGACUUGAGCUCUUUACUCGUCACAAUAGAACGGCGCCGGACCGCCCAGGGCAACGGAGAGAACAGACGGCAAAGCUGGCCGCUUUCGCAGCCAUUGAUGGCGCCACACAUGAUGCCGCAACGUGCCAUCUUUCCGUCCAUAGCCGUCGUUGAUGGCGCUCGUUUCGACCACUACGCUCACUGGCACGGCGGCGUGCUGGACUCGCCGCGCGUUGAUGCCAUUUCUCGACCAGGACGAUGCGACUCGAGUCUGACAACAACCCACGACACACCCGCCGUUCAACAGCUCGCCCCACGAGCUCCCUAUGAGCCACAAGUCGAUACAAACGGCUUGUCUCCCGACGCUGACUCGCAUGCUAGGCAGGACAAGCAGCAUACGCCAAAGCGGGACGAGGACAAACUUUUGUCGACAACAACGGGACAGCACUUGGACGUUUCAGAUCCGGGCGCGCACACCAAUGACGGCAACCCCUACGGCGCACUAGGUCUUUGA